AAAGCCUCAAGCUGUCGUAAUCUUGAUCAGCAAUGCAAUCGGUGCGUCGAUGUCGGCUGCCUGCUAGUUUCGCGUUUUGGCGGCUUAUGCUAAGAGUUAUCGCGCCCAAGGCCACUUGCAGGAUUCCCGCGCUAGCGGAGGGCAAUCGGAGCCGCUUCCGGCCCGCAUCAGCCGAGGUCAAGAAGUGUCACCAACGACACAGCCCCGACCGUUGGCGUCGCUACCCCUGUCGACGCCAUCAGACCUGCUGCUAUUCGUCGCAAUCACCGCCUUCAUUAUCUCCUUCUGCUGCGCCACCAUCGCCUAUGGCCUCGGAGCUGGCCGCUCCCCAGGCCGAAUUGAGCGAGCGUGAUGGCCCCCGUUACGAGUACGCCCCCUUCAGCGACGGCUGUUCCAUCCGCAUCCUCACCCUGGAGCCGGGCGUGGGCGGCGAGCCGCUGACCGGCAGCCUCGAGUUCGAGAGCCUGGACGCCCGGCCGGAAUUCGAGGCCAUCUCGUACGUCUGGGGCUCCGGCACGCGCAGCGCCCAGAUGCGGUGCGACGGGCGGCCGCUGCCCAUGACGAGCAGCAUCCGCGACGCCCUGCGGCGCAUGCGGCAUCCCGACAGGCCGCGGAGGCUCUGGGCCGACCAGGUCUGCAUCAACCAGGACGACGUGGCGGAGCGCAGCCAGCAGGUCAACCUGAUGAACCGCAUCUUCAAGGGCGCUCGCCACGUGCUCGUCUGGCUGGGGCCCGACCGCGACGGCUUCGCGCGCGCGGCCGUGGAGACGGUCCAUCGCCUUCACGGCGUCUUCACCGACGAGGAGAAGCACGGUGCCUUUCAGCAGGCGCACUCGGAGGGCCUCGAGCAGCAGGACGGGCACGCUUUGUACGACAUGGACAUGCUGAUAAGCCGAAUAGGCACUGCCACCCCGGCCACACUGCAUUGGGGGGACGAAGAGCUGGAUUGGGAGGUGCUUUCGAGCGUUGCUGACGUCCUCAACCUAAAGUUUCACUAUCUGAGGUCACGCUUCCGUGUCCUAACACCUAGCAUUCGUUACUUGUAUCGCCGUUUCACCCGGCGCAUCGAUGACGAGGGCAUGAGUUUGGGCGACUGCCCGGUUACUGACAACCGUGCGAACUUCAUCUACCAGCUCCAACGCGCCCGCCAUCUGCAGGCUGGGGACCCGCGCGACCACGUAUACGCCUUCUUGGGGCAUUUUAGCAAAUGUGCUGGGAGCCCAGCGCUCGUUGAAAUCAAGGCCGACUACAGCCGCCCGGUUAAGGAUGUUUUUUACGACCUAGCCAUCCGGGAGCUCGAGGGCACAGACUCGCUGCUGCUACUGUCGACAUGCUACGAAGUACCGGCCCUGUCGCUGCGGAUACAGGAAAAGGAUCUAGGCCUGCCCUCAUGGGUGCCUGACUGGCGCCGCCCGGCGCGGCAUAUGCUCCGCCCUACCAUCAAGUGGGCGGCCGGGGACUCUCUGCCGCGGCUCCGCAUCGACGCCCCCCGGGGCCGGCUGCACAUCCGCGGGCUCCGGGUUGACACCCUGGAUUGCGUCUCGUGGAUCUUUUACGGGGGCGCCUUUGGGAUAUGGCACGGCCCCUCGGCGCGGCUGCCGCUCGAGGCCCUCUGGCGCGACAUGUGCGGCCACGGAGACGCGCGAUUCGGCCUGGAGCGUCGGUGCAGCGCCACCAACGGAGACGCGGCCUUCCUGGCGCUCACCCAGACGCUCAGCAACAGCAGCGCCGGCUUUGUGGUCCCGGCAAACCAAUGCCUGGCAGACGGCGCCGCGUACCUCGUCCGUGCCCUGGGCUCGCGGGCGGCCAAGGUUGUGACACCCGAACUACAACAGAUUGCCGCCGGAGGCGAUGCGUUUCGGUGGUGCCACAAGGCUACGCUAGCGACGCGGAACCGUCGCUUUGCUAUUACUGCCUCCAAGGGUAGCUAUGUUAUCGGGCCAGGCGAGAUGCUGCCGGGCGAUGUGGUGGUGGCACUGUACGGUGGAACGACACCAUUCAUCCUCCGGCGGGUUGGGGGCGAGACAGAGAUUGGGGAAGAGAAAGAGGAGGACGCUACCUGGAAGCUGAUUGGUGAAUGCUAUGUCUACGGUGUCGUGGAUGGAGAGGCAUUGGCGAGAGAAGGGGCGCAGGACGAGGAGUUUGUAAUUGUAUGAUAUGAAUGUAACGAGAUCCAUGAGACUUACCCGACUUUGAUAUAUCAAGAGCAUGUAAAAGGGCCUACAAGACUCCGCGGAGACUGAUGUAGGGCAGACACAAAGGGAAAAGGUUGGUCAUCUUGUCUUAGGAUGUCGGCUUCUCCCGGUCUCACUCUAACUGGUAGCCGGAAGGAACAACCGAUGUAGCAUCAUGCUGGCGAGCUUGCUAGGAAUGAGUCACCGGCGAUCAGCUCUGCGAUGAGUUUGCCUAAAGGAGGUUGUAAUGAUGUCAAAUAAAUACAUGCAAAUGCUGGGUAUGGCUGGGCAACCAAGGCGAAGGGCGACAACAAUUCAGGGGCUCGGGCGUGAGAGAUCGGAGACCGAGAGCUGAGCAAAGCACUGUGUGGCGUGAUAUGUGGCGUCGGUGGCUUAGGUG